AAAAGCCCAGAGAGGCGCGCGCAGCAACCAAAGCGAACAGAACGCGUGCGCUGCGGGAGAUUUACACAUCUAUACACACAUAACACACCGGCUUUUCACAGCAUCACACACACGCACCUUAUACAUACACUUCUGCACUUUCCGGAGCUCUUAGCGCGUGCGGAAGCGCGAGCUGCAUGGGGACAGUCUAACCGGCGGAAGGAUCGCGCGGAUGGAUUCGGAGCGGAGCCGUGCUCCAUCAGCUCGGGACAUGGAGGCACCGUUCCACUUACAGAGGAACACACAGAAUACACGAGAACCGGAACAGUCCAGCAGCGAAUCAACGGAUACAGAGACCGCAGAUAAGGAGCGCGUGUGCGGUGGAGUUCCGGACGAUCCGAAGCAGAAGAAGGCCCGCAGACAGCGCACGCACUUCACCAGCGCGCAGCUGCAGGAGCUUGAGGCCACCUUCCAGAGGAACCGGUACCCGGAUAUGAGCACGCGCGAGGAGAUAGCUGUGUGGACCAACCUCACUGAGGCUCGAGUCAGGGUGUGGUUUAAGAAUCGGCGGGCGAAGUGGAGGAAGCGUGAGCGUAAUCAGCAGAUGGAUCUGUGUAAGAGCGGAUACCUGCCCCAGUUCAGCGGGUUGGUACAGCCGUACGAAGACAUGUACCCCCCCUACACCUACAACAACUGGACCAACAAAGGACUGGGGCCGACACCGCUGUCCACUAAGAGCUUCCCCUUCUUUAACUCCAUGAGUCCCCUGACCUCCCAGUCUGUCUUCUCUGCCCCCAGCUCCAUCUCCUCCAUGACCAUGGCGUCGAGCAUGGCGCACUCCGCCGUGUCCGCUGUGCCAACCGCGGGCAUCAACAACAUCAGCAACCUGAAUGGCAUAGGCAGCUCUUCCAUUGGAUCCUCCAUGAGCUCCACCCCCUGCCCCUACGGGCCCCCUACUACCCCUUACUCCGUAUACAGGGACUCCUGCAGCUCCAGUAUCGCCCCCCUCAGGCUGAAGCCAAAACAGCACCCGUCCUUUAGUUACAGCCCGGGCUCCUGCCAGUACAACAGCUAAUGCACAUACCUACACCUACAUCAACACCCACACCAGCACCCGCACCAACUCUACACCUACACCCCCACCCGCACCCACACCUACACCUGCCCGGACUACCCAGCCCAAUCCUUCCCAACAUACUUCACUCCGACUGGAGCUGCCGCUGAUGGAUUAUGCGGGUUUUCUGUGUUUACUGGACUUUAAUGUCCGUGUUUUUUGGAUUUCAGUGUGAAGAAGAUGUUUCUCUGUAAAUAAUAACGAACAAACAGGACUGACCGAGCCAGUCCGAAAGUCCAAACAGACUGACCUAAACCGGGACGACUCCGUCCUGGUUGUGGAUUCAACUUUAAAAACUUAAAGACUAAAUCUUUACAAGGCCUCGUGCCGCCCGUCCAGCUUCACUCCAUUUUUAUUUUAUUAUUAUUUUUUUUUAUUAAUAUUUGGUCAUUGGUAGAUGAACCGCAUGCUAAGAGCAAAAAAUGUUUUGUACAGAACUAUUAAUGUAGAUUAAACCCCAACAAAGCUCCAAUUAAUUAGCCUCAAAGCCUGAAUUAAAACUGUCCUGACGUGUUUAUGGAAAUGUUUGAAUAAAGGACAAGAAAUGAACACA